UUCGAUUGUUGACAUGGUGGUGGUAGUAGUAUAAUAAAAAAGCGUGGUAUUAAUCUUUGUUUUGUAGGUAGUAUUUGAUAAUAAAUAAUAUAAAAUGCCUUCCAAUAAAAGGAUAGCCUUCUGGGUAUCCGAGAAGAAAUUACAGAAGCUAAAUUGGCAGGAACUAGAGACAAUAAGUAAAAAAUUUGGUUUUGAGGUGUUCAAAUUGAGUCUGAAAAAAAGUUUGGAAUCACAAGGACCCUUCUGUGUGUUAGUACAUAAAAUGACGGAUAUUAUUGCAUCUGCAAAUAUGGGUGAUAUUAGGUGUGGUAAUCUUAUUCAAGAAGUUGAAAAUUAUAUUUCUCAAAAUCCAUCUCUGGUUGUGAUAGAUCCAAUAGCAAAUGUCAGAAAAUUAAUUGAUAGAUGUAACUGCUAUAGUAUUAUUCAUUCCACUAAUUUAUCUACCUAUAAUGUUUUUACACCAAAUUUUUGUACAUUAAGGACAGGUGAUAAAGAGUCACUAAAGCAACAAUUAAAAAUGGCCAAAGUAACAUAUCCUUUCAUUUGUAAACCUAUGUUAGGACAUGGAUCAAAAAAGGCACAUGAAAUGUCGAUAAUCUUUAACGAGAAAUAUUUAACAGGGAUUAAGACACCCUGUGUAGCACAAAGUUUUAUAAACCACGACGCAGUUUUAUUUAAAAUAUAUAUAGCAGGCGACAAGCACUAUUACGUCGAGAGGCCUUCGUUAAAAAAUUUCAAAGCUUCAGAGAGGGAAACCAUAUAUUUCGAUACAAGUGAUGUCUCGAAGUCUGAUUCGAAAAGUAGGCUUUGUGUGUUAGAUCCUGAGGAUAUUUUAACGGAAAAACCCAAACCAGAUGAAGAAAUUAUAGAAAUAAUAGCUGCUACUCUAACGAAAGCUUUCGGAAUGGAUCUUUUAGGAGCGGAUGUAGUUAUUGAAAAGUCUACUAGAAAAUAUGGAAUUAUAGACGUGAAUGCGUAUCCAGGAUAUGAGGGAUUCCCAAAUUUCUUCGACUGUCUUUUAGAAUGUAUAUCGAAAAAGAUAUCUUCGGAUUUCACAUAGAAGCUGUUGUACUUACUAUUGCAAUUAUCUACCUACUCUGAAGAUUAACCUAUAUAAAUAACUGCCAAAAAUACAUAACAUUGCUCAAAGCAAAAAUGUUAUAUAACAUAGGAUAUAUUUAUAAUUUUUAUAGCCUCUUUAUAUUUAUAUUAUUAAAGCUUAAAAAAUAUAUUCAUUUUCUAAGU